AUGAGCAUGGAGCUAGGGACGUCUGGGGCGCCAUUGGAAGCCGAAGCUGCCCCCGUCACCGUCAAUGGCGGCACAGCUCCCACUCCCACUCCCACGCAGCCUCAAACUUCUACGCUUCCCACGUCGACUGCAUGCCCGCUAUCCCCAUCGGGUCCAUCUACCUCAGCUUCAGCGGUACCCCUCAAGCUCGAUCUCCCCGAUCCCCAGGUCUUAAGCUCAACCCCUUCCCAGCCCGACGAGCCCUCCACCACUGCCGCGCAAAAUUCCGACGACAAUGAAGACAACCUCAUUUACGACGACCAAGACGGUGCUCAGUCCUUCAUUCAGCCGGCCAUCAGCGCAAGAGCAGCUCGUCUGACCUCGCCAAACACUCCGGCUGCUGAGAAGGCUGCUGCCAUGGACUAUCUUCCUAGUAUUUUCGAUUUCAUGGAUGACGAAGGCAGGGCUCAGUCUUCAGGAAAGACAUCUGGUAAUCCCAGUCUACCUAUGAGCCCGAGGAAACCACAGAAACGUGGCCAUUUUCGUCAAUCAUCCAGCUCGCGCCUUCCGGACCUUCCAACACCAUGGCGGGCUGAGCCCAAGCAGAUGAUUGUUGGUCAGCCUCAUGGCGCCAAAACCUCCUCCAUGUUCGGCGUGUUUGGGAAUGAGACAAGAUCAUCUCGUGCCGCUUCAGCCGGAGAGAAUGCCCUUAAAAAAUUGUCCAAGGCUCUUCCAUCCAUAUCGCUACCCACGCCCUCGUUCUUUUCCUCCAGCUCUUCUUCCCACAAAGAAUCCACUUCCACUUGGCCGUCAGUGCCACAUCUUUCGAAAUCGUCCACGAUAGCUGGCAUACGGUCGAACCGAGCCCAAACGGGGCCUCCCCUUAGCACACCAGGAGGAGCCACGGCUCAAGGUCCCGUCCGGUCAUCAUCUCUAAGAGCCUCAAGGACCCCGACCCUUCGUCACUCUACCUCGGAUGAUUCCCUCUUGUAUCAAUCUUUGACUCGGGUUUCCUCGUUGGGAGAUGAUGAGCGCUUCGCCAAUGUUCGUGAGCAGGUCAACACCAGGAUAAAAGCUAUAAUUGACAGCUUUGAGCCGUCAUUCAAACUCCCUCAACUACCAAAGAGUACGUCAUUUACGCGACUGAUGGCCAUAAGCCGCGGGAAACUGACGGAGGCAGGUAUCACAUCGCCAUUGAAAAAAGUGGUUCCUUCGGCAAGUGACUUUCAUGGUACAGAUGGAACACGCUCGGCGCCAGGGCCAAGUAGCCACCGGCCGUCACGGGAGACCAUUCAUCCUCUUGAUGCGAUUCUGGAAACUCUAACAGGAGACAUUGUGGUCAUGGGAGGAUAUCGAGGCUCCAUUCUUCGGUCUGCUGAGCCCCCAUAUCGACAGUUAUGGGUGCCAGUCAAGGUAGGCUUGAACAUCCGCAAAGUGAACAUGGAGGUUGGCCUGGAGCCCGAGGAUGAGGAGAACAUGGAGAAAUACAUAUUUGCCUCGGGCAUGCUCCAGAAUAUUGGACCCAUUGAUAUUUCAAGAAAAUUAUUUAGGAAGCUCCGGGAGUGUGAGAACUCUGUAAAUGGCAAACUCAGAGUCCAUGACUAUGGCUACGACUGGCGAUUAAGCCCCCAUCGUCUCUCGAAAAAGCUGAACGAAUUCAUUGAAAAGCUUCCAUCCAACCAGCCUCACACGCCACCCGAACAAAGAGGCGUCUGGGUUAUCGCGCACAGUCUCGGCGGUCUUAUCACCCGGCACGCCGUCAACCAGCGCCCAGAACUUUAUUCAGGGAUCGUAUACGCCGGAGUUCCCAACCGUUGCAUCAACAUAUUGGGUCCUUUACGCAAUGGAGAUGCAGUUCUUUUCAAUGAGACUGUCUUAAAAGCGCAGUCUAAUUUCUCAUUCCGAAGCAGUUUCAUCUUCUUACCUGAAGAUGGUUUCUGCUUUGUUUCCAAGGACAACAAGGAAGAGUAUCCGGUAGAUUUCUACAAUGUAGACGAUUGGAUCAAAUACCGCCUCUCUCCUUGUGCCGGUGGACCUGCCCUCCCGCCUCUGAACCCGUCCAAGAGCACCGGCGCCCUCGGCAGUCUUCUGAGUCUAUCCGACUCCUUCCCCAACCUCUCUAGCCUCCCUUUCCGUGGUCGCAGCAACAGCGGGAAGAACCGAACUAGCGAGGACGACGACAAUAACAACAACAACAACAACAACAACAACAACAACAACAACAACAACAACAACAACAACAACAACAACAACAACAACAACAACAACAACAAACAUAUCACCGCAAGCUUCUCACCCUCCAACACCGUCUUCAAAGACCGCACCCUUGCCCCGCAAAUGGGUUCUUCCUCAACCGCCGCCGAUACCCCUGAAAACAACCAACAACAACCAGCUGCACCACCAAUCAACGGCACCCCCUCCUCCCACUCCCAAGCCAUCCGCUACCUCGACCGUACUCUGCGCGAAACCAAACAAUUCCGCUCCGAACUGGCCCACAACCCUUCACACCAGCAUCGCAACACCUACCCUCCGCUCGCCGUGAUCUACGCCAAGGACAUACCUACCGUAUACGCCGCCCGGGUGACCUGUCGGGACGCCAUCGCCUGCACGGAUGCGUACGACGACCUGAUGUUUGCCAGCGGUGAUGGGGUAGUGCUGGCGCGCGAAAGCAUGUUACCCGAGGGGUAUGAGCUGGUCAAAGAUGGACGGGUGUGUACGGAUCGGGGGCAUGUCAGUAUGUUGGGGGAUUUGACGGCGGUGGGGAGAGCGUUGGAGGCCGUGGUGAGGGGGAGGAGGAAGGGGAUUGGAAGAGGUGGGGUGGAAGGGGAGGCAGAAGCGGUAGAGGCUUUGGGUGAAGGCGAGGGAGAUGGGAAUAGUGAUGGGAAUAAUGGAGUUGAGUUGCAAAGGACGGAGCAAGGGACGGCGGUAGCGGAGAGGGAUUAG